CUGAAGAGCAAAGAAGACGCAACGAUUAUAUUUUGUAGCGGAAAAAAAGUUUCUGAGUGUUGUGUAAUUUGAUAAAUCAGUGAAAAUAUCAGUUGGUAAAUUCAAGUUAAUCGCCUGCCAAACAGCCAAAUAAAUGAUAAUACUCGAGGAGUGUCCAAGACAAGGACAAAUAGCGAGGUCACGAAAUCGAGGGGAAGCCAUUUUGCGUGGCAACAUACUCGCCAGAACCAGAACCAAAAUCCGAAUUCGCGGCGCCCGAGGUUCAGCCACAACUACCACCCCAAAAUGGGCAGCAACUCGAAGGCGGAUCCCAUCUCGCUGACCUUCCACGACUCCUGCCUGCGGAUGUCCGAUGUCCAGCUGCUCCACGGACCCCACUGGCUGAACGACCAGAUCCUGAGCUUCUACUACGAGUACCUGUCGCACAUGAAGUACAAGACGAACGGGGAUCUGCACUUCAUUGCUCCCGAGGUGACGCAGUGCAUGAAGUACAUGGACGACCAGGAGCUGGAGCAGCUACUCGACCAGAAUCAGGCCACCGGGAAGCCCUUCAUCUUCUUCGCCCUGAACGACAACGAUAGCUUCGAGGCGGGCGGAACCCAUUGGUCUUUACUGGUCUUCUCGCGACCGGAGAAGACCUUCUAUCACUUCGAUUCGUAUGGCAACAAUAACACCGGGAACUCUGUGGAGCUGAUGAACAAGAUUAAGGAACUCCUAGGAGUCCGCCAGGCCAAGUUCCGGCCCAUGCGCUGCCUGCAGCAGGCGAAUGGCUACGAUUGCGGCAUCCACGUCAUCUGCAUGACCGACCACAUCGCCGACUACCUGAACAGGUACGAGGUGAUCGAGGGUCUGCCCUCGCUGCACAUCGACACCGUGAAGGCCAAGCGCACGGAGCUGCUCAAGCUCAUCCUGUCGCUGGGCGGCAAGGGAUAGGUUCUCCAGGGGAUUCCCCCCACCCACAGUAGCUUUAAGUGACCAAAUUACAUAUGUAAAUCGUUGGAGAAUGGAGGUUGCUGAUAGGAAGCCACCGGAAAUAUGUGAAUACGAUAUCCUUGAUAUUGCUAAUUUUAAUUUGUUUAUGUUUAUUUAAAGAGCAGUGCCUGGCACUAAGAGAAAAAGAAGGAAUCUUUGAGUUGCGUCUUUCAAAUAAAGAUUUGUUUACUCGCAAACUGGACUCGAAUUCAGCAUUCUAA